AGGGGCUGACUCUACCCUGUAUGAGAAUUCCAAGGCUGCUGGUGCCCUGCCCACUGGGAAACACCUCUGUCUCUGCUGCUCUAUAAAGUCCCCAGGUGGCCCCAAGGGAGGACUUCUGCAGCACAGCAGCCUCCGCGGGCCGUGAGGUUCCUGUCCCGCCACCAUGAGAUUUCUAGUCCUCACCAGCCUGCUCUGCAUCCUGCUUCUCUGCUUGUCCGUCUUCUCCGCAGAAGGGAGAAGACACCCGAGACAUCAUGCCAAGCCUGGAAAAGGCAAACCCUGCUGUCCCCGAAUUCCGGGCCCUGACCUGAUGACCCAGAAAGGACACCAUAUGAGAAACUGCAGACCAUGCAAACUCAAGCCAAAGCCCCGCUUUUGGGUGGUGCCUGGGGCACUCCCACAGGUGUAGUGCUCCCCCAAGCAGGCUCCAUACCACUGAAACCCUCAUGCUCAAUUCUUGAGGCACCCAGAAGCCUUAGGUUCCCCCAGGGUGCUCCCCUCAAAGUCGGAACUGAUGGCAAAACCUCUGCCCAUGAACCUGAGCUUCCUUUCUUAAAGACACAACAUUUCUUGCCUAUUGUGUUGGACUGUGCUCACAAUUUUUUUAGAAAAGCCUGAACCAGAAUCUUCUGAAAACCACAACACGGAUUCCGAAGUCCAAGCUCUGGAAUGCCUGUUUCCUGCUGUAUGGUCUUGAGCAAGUAACUUAGUCCCUCUGGGCUCAGGCUGGCUUCAGAGAUACAAACUCCAGUGAAAGGAGACAUCCAAGGAAGGCACCAACGGGCUUCACUUACCCCUUUCAAGCCUCAUGGCAGGGUGCUGGAGGGCUUCAUCUCAGGUAGAAAAGGCCCCGGCAUAGUUCCAGAACUCCAGAUCCUGGUAUCAAUCAUGCUACCAACCUUCAGAGUCAUUGCGAGCCAGGUUCAGCCCACCCAGCCUCAGUCUCCAUCUGGCCCCUUGCGCACGGAUAGUCAAGACUCCAUCGUGACCUGAAGAGCUACAAAUCCAAAGACUUCUGAGCCUGCUAGGGUGAAGGGUAACAGGGACCCAAGAAUGGCCAACCAGCAAUGCAGAGGCUCAGCUGACCCGAGACACACCUAAGCUCCUAGCUGUCUAACAUCCCACGGCCCCUGCAGGAACCCCUGCCUGAUUUUCUGAUGUUUGUCUGCUUUAAAGAGCAUGCAGUGAAACAAAUUGUAAAUAAAUAAACAAAACACAUA